AUGAGUGAAUCUGAUCUAGAGGGCGGGUCCUUCACCGCAACCACUGCAGCGAAACUACUCCCGCAUGUGAACACCAAUACAGAUACAAAUACAGAUACAAAUACGAAUACGGAUAUCAAUAUUGCCCCAACUCCGAAUAAGGCGGAGCGUGAGUUCACUGCAACGGUACUACUUGGCUUUACAGCAAGGGAAAUGUCGCCGUUGGCAAAGCGGCCGGAGGAUUAUGAUUGCAACAGCGAGACGACCAACAGAAAUCAUAUAAUGGACUUGGCAACACCGUUGAUAACAACAGCAAGUGAUUGUCAUUACUCCCACUACACACAGGGGGGUGAGAGUGAGAGUGCUCCAUCACCGAUGCCGACAGCACCUACAGCCAACACAGAUGCCUCACCACCGCCUUGUAUGCCUGAGGGAUAUCAUUAUCAUCAUCAUCGUCAUCAUAAGAGCCAUAAUAAUAAUAAUAAUAAUAAUAAUAAUAAUAAUAAUAACAACAACAAUGAGAGUCAUCACAAGAGUGAGGGCACCACAGCAGUCGGAGUAACAAGCAUUACAACACCAGCAAAGAAAGAUAACACAGAUACGGAGUCUCCAUUACCGUUGCGGGUACCAGAUCCAUCUCCUAUUGCUACAAAUACGAAUAAUGGGUAUACUGGUACACCAAUGGGAUGUGAGGAUUGUUCUUCUUUUCGGGAGGAAACAAUAAUGGAAGAAAGCAGCAUCCGACGAUCUGCAGCACAGUCCAUGUUGGGAACAGGCCCAACGGAUCUUUCUCUGCGUUGGGACAGCAGUGCAAUGGGACAGACUGUCAUGUUGGGACAAAGUGCGAUGCGAUGGAUGCACUCCAUGUCACCUUCCAUUGCUCCUCCAGUCCCAGUCAGCACUACUCCAAUAAACAAUAAUAAUAAUAAUAAUAAUAAUAAUAAUAAUAAUAAUAAUAAUAAUAAUAAUAAUAAUAAUAACAGCAAUGAAAACAAGCAGAGGACUGUUAAUGAUGGGCAGGAGGCCUAUUCGGAAAGGACAAGUGAGACAGACAAGAAAGAGAUGAGUAAACAGGAAUCAAGUGUUGCGGAACCUCCAGCAAAUACCAUACACGACAGUAAACAUCUAUGGAAACGUGUACAACUUGUUUCCCUCUCACCCGCUAAUGUUCACAGUGAGAGUCCAUUGCCGGUGGCGCCUGUUAACACAACGCCUCUGUUAUCACCACCCGAGGGAAGUCGCAGUGCUUCUCGACCACAGCGCAUCUCCACAACAGACAAUACUACUAAUACUAUGAGUACAGAUGGAGGUUACUACCAUAUCUCCAACUCUGAGGAGAAUAAGAAUAAUAAGAAUACCACACAUAUGAAUACAGAUGAUAACAACAGUGUUUCCUCUGCUUCUGUAAUGCCGCAGCGAGAGAAGAGUCCUUCACGGCCUGCGUCUAGUGUACACUCCGCAUCUGAGGUCUCAUGGCGGAUGAAUGUUUCACUCAUGUCAGGCAGUUUGUCUUUUCGUCCACCUGUUGGGAGUGUAAAUACCACAGAUCUCCCAAAGGCCUCUCCACUCGCAUUCGAUGGAUCUCUUCAACAAGGGGACACACCAAAGUCUUCCACAAGCACUAAUCCCACAACAAAGACAAAGAAGCCAAGACCACGGCAUUUGAAUAAUACACAAGGAAUACCAGUAACAGUUGGAGGAUCUUCUGCUGCCGCAUCCUCCUCUUUGCAAUUCUCUACAACCUUCUGUGGACGACGUUCAAGUCUCGUUGGGGGAAUUCCACUCUCUCGUGGUGUGUUGGGUCAUGCCAGCAGCAGCAACAACAGUAACAACAGUGGGAGUAACAACACUAUUUCUACUACUACUACUAUUACUACACCAACUAACAUGAGCAACAACAGCAGCUUGCGACGCUCUUCUUUGAAUGGACAAAUCUUUUCAGACCCGCAUAACACCAAUGCUUUGACACGACAAAAGGGACCCACAACAGUGGUACCUGACACUGGUGUAUUUCAACCCUGGUCUCCUCUUACCGUUGAUCAAGAGAGUUCAACAACUACAACUACAACUACGAAUACUGCAACUGCUACUGCUACUGAUAUGAACGACUGGGUGCCACUGGGGCACCUUAAUGAAACCCCAGUGACGAUCAGUGAAAUGAGUGACAGUACCAUUCAAAAGAGUCUCAAUACAGAUAUUAGUGAGGAUGAAAGAAGAAAGAGUGGUGCCCCUCCACGCCCUGAGACAGUAGAUCUCGGUUUCAGUGUAAACGAGGAUGGUGGAUUUUCAUUUCGCAGUGUGAAUACCAUGACCACGAUGAUGGAGGCAACUCUUCUUGAUAUGCAAUUUCAGGAGGCCUCCAUUUCAGUGGCAGCCACAUCGCCUGCUUCUGAGGCCUUUCUUGCAAACCACAAGGGAGGAAAACAAACACAACAGCAACAACAAGAAGAGACGACUUCAACGAAUGAAGGGAAAUACUGUGAAAAAGAAGACUCUCCAGUGCCGGCUGCAUUCUCAGACGUGACUGGUGAUGCAGUGUGCAAUCGUCGUCAACCUUCUCUGCGAAACCGAUCACCCUCUCGACUGAAUGAAGAGGGAAUUGUUUCUGGUAAACAGAUGGCUGCUGUUACUAUUGCUGAUCCUGCUUCUUCUUCUUCUGCUCCUUCCAAUGCUGUGGGGGCAACAGAUACUCAUGCCCAGGCAUUGUGA